AUGGAGGGGCUGCGGCGCGGGCUGUCGCGCUGGAAGCGCUAUCACAUCAAGGUGCACCUGGCCGACGAGGCGCUGCUGCUGCCGCUGACCGUGCGGCCGCGGGACACGCUCCGCGACCUGCGGGCCCAGCUCGUGGGCCAGGGCGUCAGCUCCUGGAAGCGCACCUUCUACUACAACGCGCGGCCGCUCGACGACCACCUGACGGUGCGCGACGUGCGGCUGCAGGACGGCUCGGUGCUGCUGCUCGUCAGCGACCCCAGGUAGUUUGGGCUGCGGGAGGCGGAGCUGUGAUGAGA